UCUCUCAGCCCUCCACCACCCUACCUUUCUUCUUAAUUUCUUUUCCAGAAAAAGAAAUGUCAUCUUUUCAUAAUUAUCCACUUCGCAAUAAUACACACAUAUAUAUAUGUAUGUAAUUUCUGUUUUCAGGGCUUUUUUUCCUGUUCUUUAACCUUCCAGUGGAUUGAUUUGAGGAAAAAAAAAGCAGCAAUGAGCGCUGCAACUGCAACAGCAUUAAGCCCUUCAACCAGUUUAAGGAACAGUCUUAACAGCUACCCCAACUGGAUGAAAUGGCAAUCCUCUCCUUGUCAGAGUACUACCUUUUUUAUCCCUCGCGCUGCUGCCUCUCCCGACACUGGCAAAGGCAACAAGAAGAGAAAACCCAAAGCUAAAAAACCUUCUUCUCCAACUCCCGUUACUACAACAACAACUGAAUCCAUGUCAGAAGAGGAACAGCCGCAGCCACAACAACAACAGCAGCAGCAGCAAGUUUCAUUGAGUUUGGACGACGUGAAUCCAGUGGGGUUGGGACGUAAAUCCAGGCAAAUAUUCGACGAUGUUUGGAGGAAGUUUUCUGGGUUGGGGCAGAUUUCAAGGACUACUCGUGCAGAUGACAUGGAAGCUUUGGAUGCUUUGCUUAUUAGAGAAGGACCCAUGUGUGAGUUUGCCAUUCCUGGUGCUCAAAACACCACUGUCCUUGUUGUUGGUGCCACCAGCCGCAUUGGUCGCAUUGUUGUUCGUAAGCUCAUGCUCAGAGGCUACACUGUCAAGGCUUUGGUGAGGAAGGCAGACCAAGAGGUGUUGGACAUGCUCCCCAGGUCAGUUGAGAUAGUAAUAGGGGAUGUGGGUGACCCUUCCUCCCUUCAAGCUGCAGUAGAAGGUUGCAACAAGAUUAUCUACUGUGCCACUGCUCGGUCCACUAUUACUGGGGAUCUUUAUAGAGUUGACCAUCAAGGUGUUUCAAACCUUACCAAAGCACUUCAGGACUACAACAAUAAACUGGCACAACUCCGGGCAGGGAAAAGCAGCAAAAGCAAGCUUUUGAUAACUAAGUUCAAAUCUGAAGAUUCAUUACAUGGAUGGGAAGUACGUCAAGGUACUUAUUUCCAGGAUGUGAUUGCUUCAAAGUAUGAUGGUGGAAUGGAUGCUAAAUUUGAGUACACUGAGACAGGACAAGCUGUUUUCUCAGGCUAUGUUUUCACCAGAGGUGGGUAUGUUGAACUGUCGAAAAAGCUUUCACUUCCUUUAGGUUCCACACUUGACAGGUAUGAAGGUCUUGUUCUAUCUGUUGGUGGUAAUGGAAGAUCAUAUGUUGUAAUUCUUGAAGCUGGUCCUUCAGCAGAUACAACUCAAAGCAAAUUAUAUUUUGCCAGAAUAAACACAAAAAUAGGAUUUUGUAGGGUCAGAGUACCAUUUUCAUCCUUCCGUCCUGUGAAACCAGAUGAUCCACCAUUAGAUCCAUUCCUUGUACAUACAUUAACUAUACGUUUUGAGCCACGAAGACAGAGGCCUGUUGAAGGAUCAGCAGGAAUGAAGCAAGACCCCCGAAGUUUCAAGCUUAUAUUAGAAUAUAUAAAAGCCUUGCCUACUGGACAGGAAACAGAUUUUAUUUUAGUAUCAUGCACGGGAUUAGGAGUUGAGCCAAACCGAAGGGAGCAAGUUUUGAAAGCCAAGAGGGCUGGUGAGGAUUCAUUGAGAAGAUCUGGUCUCGGGUACACAAUAAUUCGCCCUGGUCCACUAAUGGAAGAACCUGGGGGCCAACGUGCUCUUAUAUUCGAUCAGGGAAACAGGAUUUCUCAGGGAAUUAGUUGUGCUGAUGUGGCUGAUAUAUGCGUGAAAGCAUUGCAUGAUUCGACAGCAAGAAAUAAGAGCUUUGAUGUCUGUCAUGAAUAUGUUGCUGAGCAAGGGAGGGAACUUUAUGAGCUGGUUGCCCAUUUGCCAGACAAAGCAAACAAUUAUUUAACUCCGGCCUUGUCUGUUUUGGAAAAAAACACUUGACAUUCAUUUAAGGGAUAACAUGUUAUCAACCUCUGAGAAACGGCAUCCUGUCGGAACUGCUUAAACAAGAAGAUGGAAGUCCCAUAAUGAUCUCUUUGGAAGUCAGCAACAAAUUUUUAUGUUCUCUUUUGCUCAGAUGAUAUUUGCCCUCUAUGUUACGCAUAGUUUUUGUUUACUGUAAAUCCAUGUGUAGUCUCAUAUAGAAAAUGUGUAUGCAUGUAUGUAUGAUGGAUAACAUAUAGUGUAUAUGGAGCAAAAGCUCUAAAUAAUGAGUUGUGUCUUUUAUUCCAAUUUAUGGUUCACUGUGAUGUAAACCAUCAUGAAAUAUUACAUAAAUCAAAUUGAACAGUGUUGACAUGUUCUUUGGAA